AUGUCAGGCUUUUUCGGAUUUGACACAGCUCUUCCCGAACGAGCCGGUCAAGGAGGUGCAGGAGGAGGAGGACGACAACAGCAAUUCGCAGGUUUCCAAGCUAGUAAUGCGGAUGAAACCUUUGCAUUAGGUGGAGCGGGAGAGGAAGAAGACUUGGCCGUGUAUACUUGGGGUGAAGGAAUGGGAGGCGGUUUGAUGGAAGGUGGAGAUGAAUUGAACGAUGAGACUUUCGGUGGUGGUGGUAAUGGCGACUUUGGAAACAAUUUCCAGUUUUCCUCGCAACCUACAAAUGCACCUUCGAAGGGAUACGGUCAAUCAACAGGGGGUGGUAAAAUAGCUUCAACUCAAUCUAGAUAUAAACCUAAGCCAGUCGCGGACCCUUUCGCUUUCUCAGAAGAUGAUUUCUAUUCUUCACGACCAUCUACCAAGAAACCAGCAGCGCCGAAAGCUCCUUCAAGGCCUAAAGCCUCCACUGCUCAUUCUGGGUCAGUGGAUAACUUAUGGAACAAACCUGCUGUUUCUAGUCCAGGAUGGGGCACUGCUCCAAGCUCUAUUGCCAAACCAACUCCACCUCCAUCUGCUUCUUUCCCUUCCCAUCCUUCGCAAGGCCCCCCUGCCCCUGGACAUAUCAAAAGUUUAGAAGAGAUUGAAGCUGAAAUGGCACAAAUGCCUAUGCCCUCAACUUCUACUGCUGCGCCAAGGCAGCAACAAGUUCUAUCACUUGAGGAAAUUGAAAAACAAAUGAUGGAACAAAUUGAACCCCCUCGUCAACCUACACCGCAACAAGUUGCCCCACAAAGAGAAGCUACACCCUCCCAAGUACCGGGACUUGCAGGAUCAGGCUAUCCAUCUCAACAAGCUUUAUUGGAUAGUAUGUUCCCUGAACUUGGUAAAGGAGCAAUCGCAGAUCAACCUACAGCGCCUUUCGCACCAGGACAAGAAGGCCAACGAACCCAAGAACAACAAUCUCAGCCAAUUCAACCUUCACCAGAGGAAAUCGCGAGGGUGGAAGAAUUACGGAGGAGAAUCUCAACCAAGAUUGAGGCUAUGUCAAAAUACAAUAACCUGAUGGGAUCUUCCGAUAAAGAUUUUAUCACUCGUAUUCAACUCUCCCAACUUGCCACAGCAGAUCCUUACACUUCAGAUUUCUACGCUCAAGUGUUUUCAGCACUCAAAAGAAGUCGGCAAAUUGCUGAAGGACAGGGCGAACCUACAGUAGUUCAAGUCGGUGCUGGAUUAGGUCUGGGUGUCGGUGGACCAGUGGGAAAUAGGUUCGGUAAAAUGGGUCAAAAUACAAUGACUAAACUUUCGACCCAAGUGAAAAAGCUGGUUGAGAAUAGAGCUCAACAUCAAAAGGUAGCAAAUACGGCUGCUCUUCAAGGUGCUCUAGGACGAGUGACGCGUGGAAAUGCAGCUGCUCCUCGACCUGUACUUGCCAUACCAACAAGCAACAAACCUGAAUACAGACCAGCUUCUCAACUAAACGAGCAAACAGGUGUUCACCGUGCUGCUUUGACCAGGAAGCAAGUGAUGUUUGCUCUUGAGGAACUUUACGACGCAACUCUUGAACUUGAACAAAUGAGAAGAGAUGCGCCUCCACCUACAGCUAUGGAAGAGAUUGAAGUGUGGCACGCUAGAUGUCAAGCCAAGGUAGAUUUGAUUUGGAGAAGUUUGAUGGUUAUGGAACCGCUUGAUGUCAGUAAUCCGCAUCCUUUUAUUUCCCUUAUCAACCCUAUCAAAGGCCAACGACUAUUCAUGAGAUUGCUUCGACAUUUACCUCACAACCAAAGCAUUACUCUUCUUUCACUUCUCAUCGCCACUUAUAUCCAACUUGACGUCGUUGCCCGAGCACCUCCUCCACCUGUUGCGGAUGCCUCCUUGCUUACUAAAGCAGAUAGAUUGGAUAGAGCUAAGAGAGAAGGAGCAACCGACCAUUUCUUGCAUAGCGUGAUCCCCGGUGUCGAUAUGAUCAUCAACAGAUGUGGGUUGGGCUUAGUAGCUGGAAUGUUGGCUAUUUCAGCUCAAAGAUCAGAUGUCUGCAGAGUAGCUGCUACAAGGCCCGGUGUUGCACUCUACACAGCAUUAUUGUCCAAAGCGCAAAGUUUGAUUAGAGCACCUGCACCAGAUCCUAUGAACCCUCAACAAAGUCAACCUGCUGAUCCAGCAGAAGUGGAACAAUGGUCAAAGACAUUCACAUAUUUCUUACAUGUUUUACUACCACACUUACCAGAAUUUUUCCCUUCGUCAGUCGCUCAAAAAGCAGCAUUUGGACCAGGAGCAUACUUACUUGGGGGAGAUGCGAUUUCAGAGAGAGAUGGUCUGGAAAUGGAAAGACGUGAAGCAGAGGUUUGGGGUUUCGCAGCUGCUUUAGCUGUAAAUGCGGCUGAAGAAGAUCAAACCGCUUUAGUCGGUGCUUUGAGAGAGACAAUUCUACAUACAGUCCAGUCAGCGAGAAAUCCAACUAUAUCGCCUGCUAGAUCAGAAAUGAAACUCAGAAAUGUCAACAUGUUCUUGAAUGGUUUAGGUUUGGACGCCGCGAUGAUCGAGUAG